AACGGUUAAGGACGAGAAAAUGGCGAAGAUAGAGAAGUUGAGGUGACGGCUGAGACGUUACAUGGAAACUUUAAACGAGUUUGACACCUAAAUAAGAUUCGGUGUGUCUCUUUUCGACAUUGGACGUCAAGUUAAUCACAAGAGCGAGCGGUAAAGAUGUCAAACGCGUCGUAGCUAAUUUUAAAUCAUGUUAAUUUGAGUAACGGUAGCUCGUCAGGUAGCUAACGGUAGCUAACUUUAGCAGCUGGUCAAUGGCGUCUCUCUGCCCACACACAAUGUAACCAUGGGAGACGGCGGAGCAACGGCUGUUUUUUUAUGACGUAACGUGUAACGUGCAUAACGCAUAACGUGCAGUUGACGUCAUGGCUUUACACAACCUGGUUUUUAUCAUCGACUUGGAUCAUGGAGGUCAGGAUCCAGGCGAUCAUCGUGACGUCACGAAUCAUCUCAUCAAACGGGGAAUAUUACAAACUCUGCUGCACUUUGGCUACAAGUAUGGGUUUGACAAAGUGCGCUGGGGUUAUAAGUUCUUCCAGUCCAGGACUGGCCGCAAUGCAAGCCUCAUGUCCCGGGGAUCAGACUUCAAGGAGCUGCGGCACAAAACUUUCGAGGACUUCGAGCUGGAGUUUGAAUCAAAGUUUGACUUUAAGGAUAAACCAUGCCCUGCAAGGCAGCAGCAGCAGCCCAAUCAUUCUGUCCAAAAUGCACUAAAAGAGACCCUGCUGGACUUCCAGUGGGACCGGCCGGACAUCACCUCUCCCACCAAACUGUCCCUGAGGCCGCGGAGGUCCAGCCGGGCCGGGAGGAGCAGCAGCAGCGUCUCCCAGGAGGAGGAGGUUUCAAACACCGGGAGGAAUGUGGUGUUUGUUGUGUCUGAGUGUCCCAGAUCCAGGUCGCAGCUGGUGGACUAUGUUUCUCUGGGAAUCCGGGACCUGCCUGCAGAUGUGACGGAGCACAUAUUACCCAGAGGGCUGCACGACAUGCUGGUUCAGAGACAGGUGGUGCUGCACUGGCUGGACACUAGAUCACAGGUGCAGGUGACGAGGUGUGAGGAUCACCUCGGCUCUGACAAGCUGUCUGAGCUCCUGUCUCAGCUGGGCGGCAGAGUGAUCCCUGUGGUCGCCCUGCUGAACCUCUGCUCCGCUCCAAAGCCAGACUCUGGCUUCAGGAGGGAGACCUUCACAUUCAAGUCCAGCGUUGGAUACCUGCUGUCCUCUGAAAGCCUCCACCGCCUGGCCUUCCCUGUCGUAGGCGGCGUGCUGCGGUGGGAGCAAGGUGAGCGGACUCAGAGCUGUGGCGUCCUGGUUGAACCAGUGUCCCGCAGACAGAAGCUCCUCCCAGAGCCGGUGGACGUGUGUCUGAAGGGAGUGCUGCAGGGCUGGGACGACUCCUCGCUCACUCAGACCUCCACAGAGUCCUGGGUGCUUCAGUGUUCCAGCAGCAGUGAAACAGAAGCUGCUGCUGCCUUCCAGCACCUCCUCUCAGAGCUGUCUGCUCACGCUCUGCACAUGCUCUCUGAGGUGAAUGACGGCGGCCUGGUGCUCUCGGCCGUCCUCUCCCCGCUGUCACACACCACAGCUCUGCUCAGCGUCCUCCAGGCUGGAGACACGCAGCACCAACAGGUCCUGACCACCGGGACCACCGAGACCAUCGCAGCAGAAACCUCCGCUGAGCUGCCAGAAGUUGUGAGCAGCGUUCUGGGCGUAGUGUACGACAUCAUGGAGGAGGAUGGUGACGCUGCUGAUGACCAGCCAGUGGAGCCUCCGGUCCCUGAGUGGGCUCAGCAGGAGGUCAGUCACUGCUCCCUGACAGCAGGAGUCCUGGAGAGCUGGUUCCCUCAGUCAGACCAGUCAGGAGUCAGCUCCCAUUUAAUGGAGUCAAUGAGGUUGCUGCAUGCAGCGCCGGAGCAGAGAGAGGAGGAGGAGCUGUCCCUCCUGCAGCAGGAGGUGAUCACUGGUCUGGCUGAGUUGUAUCAGACAUCGCGGGGUGGAGACGCCAAGAGGGGCAAGAAACGUGGCGCCCAGCGAACGCCGGUGAAGCAGAAGAUGAAGACCAUGAGCCGCUCGCUGCAGAUGCUGAACGUGGCGCGGCUGAAUGUAAAAGCCCAGAAGGAGGCUGAGCAGCUGGGGGCCGAGGGCCGGGGCCCCGAGAGGCCGGGGAAGAGACGAUCACAUGACAAGAACAAAUCGGGAGCAGCGAACACAAUCAGUUUCAGCAGCGAGGAGGAGCUUCUGUCCCAUCUGAAGUCCAGCUACGAGAAGACGAUAGCAGAGAGAGACGCGUCCCUCGUCUCUGCUGUCCAGCUGCUGCUGCUGGCUGUCAAAACUUUCCUGGCAACAGAAUCAGACCUGCAGGUGAAGACCUCCCUGUUUGUCCAGCAACAUCUCCUCAAGACCAGCAAGUCGAUCAGACAGCUGCACGGCUCGGCAGCUGAUGUCGACAGUAAAGUCAGAGACUGCCAGCUUCAGGUGUUGCUGAGGCUCGAGUUGUGCAGACUUUUCUCCACGGAGCCGUCUGACUCACUGGAUGUGGAUCAGAUGGCAGAGGAGGUGGCUGAGAUGCUGAGGAUAAUCUCCCUGAGUAAAGACCCAGUUUUCCUGGCAAGGUUCCUUGAAGACGAGGUCCUCCCAGGGUUCCUGACCGCCGUCCCCAGAGUGCUGGCAGACGUCUACCACAGUCUGGGCACGCAGCUCCCCGAGGCUCUGGUGGCCGUUCUGCCUGCUGACUUCUUCAGCGACGAGUCGGUGGCCAAGGACAGCGUUUCCCCUUCAGCCUCCUCCCCUCCUCUCUCCACACACAGCCUGCUGGCAGACGGCAGAGAUCGCCUGCAGGAUCUGAGAAACCGCUCGGCCAACAAGAGGAGGAGUGGGAUGCUGACUCGUCAUCGCAGUAUGACUGAAUCAUCACAGAGUCUUCGUCAAAUCGAGAUCCCCAAAAAGACAACAAGAGCUUCCAAAUCAAAGAUCAGUGUUCCUUUGGAAAAACCUGCUGUUGAACCACCGCCUCAACCCCAGAAACAAGAAACACAAGAGGUAACGAAGGUCAGAAGAAACCUGUUCAACCAAGAGAUGGUUUUCCCCUCAAAGAAAGCCAAGCUGCCGAGGAGCCAGUCAGUGUCGGCCGUGGAAGGAAUGAAACGCAAGAGAUCUCGCGAAUCUGAAGAGAGGCACAAACUUCUGACAAAGAAGGUGUGUGAGACGCCGCUCCACAAGCAGGUGUCCAGCCGGCUCCUGUACCGGCAGAAAAUGGGACGGAGUUCUGUCGCUACUGAGGAGUGUAUCGUAGAAGAGUCACCAGUCAAACCUGCAGAAGACCUGAGAAGAAGCCCGAGGCUGAAGAAGUUUGCUCGAAGACACUCGGACGUCUUCUACUCAAGUUCUCAACCUCGCUCACGUAACCUGGACAGAGCUCUGAAUGCAUCCCAGAAUACUCUCAGCGACGGAAAAAUCAGUGGGAUUAACGUGAAAACAGUUCGGUCUCCCAUGCGUCUUCUUUUUGGAGCUGCUGAUUCCCCGACUCGUCCGUCUGACAGGUCCUAUUCAACCAGAGCCACCAGGUCACGGCUGUCUACAGACUCCAGUGUCUUUGAGAGUCCAGUUAAAACUCCAACAAAGUCCCCCGGCAGACGUGGGAGGGCCUUGCAAGGGCCUUCCACACCCAGAACACCCAGGACCCCUCGAACCCCUCGAACCCCAGGGUCCCCCAAAACCCCUCCUCCCUCCAGGAAGCGUGUUUUCUCUGCUGCAGAGAGUCCUGUGGCAGGCAGCUCUCGGGACCUGGGCGUGUCUCUGAGAGGAAGUCCUUUCAGGUCUCCAGCCAGACAGACUCUGGUGGUAGAAACACCUACGAAGGAGAGUCCCAUGAGGAGCCCUCUGAAGAGUAUUCUCAGGACUCCGGUCAAAUCUUUGGCUGAAUUCAACUCCCCCUCUGGAUUACAUGUUCUCAAUAGCCCCGUUUCCAAGACUCCCAAAAAGACCGUCACAUGGUCUCCAUCCCCUCGGAAACGUCGACCUGCAGAGAGCGGCGCUGAUUUCAAGGUGCCAGAGUCGCCUCGUGUGGCCCCUCGCUCUUCACAGAGACUCUUUAAAACAUCCACCGCGUUCAGUAGUCCGGUCAAAACCACAAACACUAAGAGAGACGUUUUCAAGACCCCAGAAAAGACUGCAAAUACUUUACAGGAAAGAACUCUGAGGUCUACGGAAAAACUUCUCAAAACGCCUGAAAAAGACCCAGUUAAUCGCCUGGAGAUGCCUCCUCCACAGUCCACACCUCCUCUAGACCGCCACGUCUCACCCAAACCCAACACUAGAACUCAAACCAAGACCCCCAGCCCUCCUCACACGAUGGCUACUCGCUCUGGAAGAACUCCAGGCAAAAGUUCAAACAUUGCGUCCCCAUGUAAGACAGUAUUAACGCCAAGAAAAGGUUCUGCUGUUCCAGAAAGGGCCGAUACUUCAGUGAAGUCUCCGGUAAAGUCCCUGACAAGAACGCGGCCGGGUCAAGGCGCCGGGACCCCCAGACGUAACUUAAGAUCCCGGUCUGGUGAGAACGUUCCCUCCAAGCUGAACACAGAAUCCACUGAGAACUGUGACCUCGCGGGAAAGAACGUGCAGUCGGAUAGAAAAGAAGAAGUACAAGUUGAAACUUCCCAAACAUCCGACUCCAGUUCUCACACAGACUCUCAGCAGUUUGACUCGUCUCAGUUGGCGUCCACAGAAGACGACAGCAUGGACAUCGUAGAUGCUGCAGUGGUAAAGACGCAGUUCAGCGGAGGAAUCAAGAUGAACAUCAGUUUUUCACGGAAGCCCUCAAAGUCCGGUGAAGACUUUUUGUCGGACGCCGUCUCUCCUAAAUCACGUGGUACACCUGGUCGGAGCUACGGCUUCCGGAAGACUCCAGACCGCCAACAGCGAGAGGCCGCCGCUCGUUUAGGGUACGGAAAUGAUUCUCCUCGGUUUUCAACCCCCAGAGGCCCGGCAAGACCCAGUAAACAAAAGGGCCUGGGUACUCCGAAUUCCCUGACCUACCAAGUAGAAAUGGAAAUGCAAACAUCAGGACUUCCAAAGCUCAAAUUCAAACGCACGGACUCCAUGAGCACGGGCGACUCGGCCUCAGACGGAGGUCCUCGAUCAGGAACUCAAAGCCCUUUAGUUGGUGUGAAACCUUCCCAGCUGGAGAGCCCUUUGGCCUUCUUCUCCAAGCACAGAGACCCUGGAUGCGUCUCGCCAUCCGUCUGUACUCACGGCACCCCCGCCAAGAGCACGCCCGGGAAAGGUGGGAGCGUCCAGACUUACAUCUGCCAGUCCUACACGCCGACUCGCCAUCCUGCAGGAACCAUGUCUCCGGUGGCGGUGGCAGACACCAUUCCCCUGACGCCGUCGCCUCAGAGCAUGGGGAAGGCCACCCCGGACAACCUCAACAGCUGGCCUCGCAGGAAGAGGGCUCAGGUGGGAGUGGUCGGGGGCAGAGACCGGGGCCUGAAGGGGGAGCCUCUGCUGGUCGAGCUGCUGGAGGAAGCUGAGCUCGGUGUCAGCAGGUUACAGGACGUUGAGGACACGGAGGAACCCUCAAACAACAAGGCUACAAUGUUAGGUUUCGCCUCUAAACAGUCGCCCCGAGUUGGAGCCGACGCUUCUCCUCUUUCUCCUCUGGAGGACUUGAACUGGAUGGAGAAGCUGGCUCAGCAGGCCGACUGUGAUCCUCAGAGAGCCGAGGAAGACGUCGUCUGGGCCGCUGGAGACGGCAAGUCAGCAGCAGCGACUCCUCCCAGCUCUAAGGUGAGGAAGCCGGUGACAGCCAGUGGGAUUUUGGCGCUCACCAACUCUCCGUUGUUGUUUAAGGGCAGAACGGGCUCUGCUAGUAAGAGAACGCCAAGUUUUAAAGAUGAAGCAACUUCAGGGCGGAGAGUGGAAGCUGACGGAGGGGACGUCUCUCCCUUCAGCCAGCCAAUCAGACGCUCCACCACAGGAAAGACCUACAGCAGGAAGAGGCUGCUGCCCUGAACCACACAGCUCAGUGUCUGUCCACUCACUCUCAUCUUUCUCACACUCAUUCUGUCUGAAGGCCGAUCUGAAAGAUGCUGUUCAAGCACCACUUGAAAGACUCCGCAGACGAAUGAAUGUCCCUUUCAUUCUCCAACACCAACACUUUUUAACCCCGACACCUUCUCUUCUGAGCAGAGGCUUUUAUUUUAACCAGGACGUUUUAAGAUCACAGGAAGCUUCAGCUCUGUGCGUCUAAAACGGUUCCUCUUCAUGAUUUUAUCAUUAAGUCUUCGUGUUUCUGCACGGAGCCUCGGAAGCUAAAAUGCUGGAAUUUUACAAUCAAGUCUAAAGUCUAAAUACUAUACAUGUUUAUUUAUUAGUUUGUGUUUUUUUUUUUCCGUGAACUUGCUUUUAAGUAAAAGGGAAGGGUUUGUAAAUAUCUUAUGUUGCCAAAGUCUUAUGUAAAUAAAUAUCAGUUUUCUCAA